GUUCCAGCCUUUUAGAGUAUAGCUGUUGUCCGGAGUAGUGGCGUUUACACGGAUUUUUUGACGUUACAGUAAAGGUCUGGAAGGAAAUCAACGCAUGCUGUUGCUAUACUCACUUCUGUAAAUCUAGCGUGUUAUUUUUAACGUUAGAAUGAAUGGUAAGUUUGGGAACGGAGUAGCGAGUGGCUUGCUGGCCUGUAUUGAGGGUCUGCCUCCGCUUCCCAAGAGCCUGAGCGGACUGCUCAACUCCAGUGGCGGAUCGUGGCGAGAGAUGGAGAGGAUGUACGUGAAGAAGACCAUGAUUCAGGACGACCUAAGCCGUGGAAGGAAUAACACGGACAGUUUGCUGGUGAAUAAACCAGCAAACCUGGAUGCUGCUCUUGCUCUACUCAGAAAAGAGAUGGUACGGGUAAAGACUGCAAGCAACAGCUGUUCUCCUGGCUGCAGGCGUUCAUUUAAAUUAGUGGGUUUACGGCAGCAAGACAUGUCCCUACUCUGUCAGCUCUGGUCGCUUCAUGAGUCCAUCCAGGAGUACAAGGGCAGCUGGCAGGAUCUCUCCGCCGUAUCCAGUGCCGAUGGACCGUACGGAAUCGAGAACGGAUAUUUCGACGAAGAUGAGGAAUAUUAUACUGAAUCCGUUAUGACACCAGCCGAAACACCAGCUGGAAAUUACACAUCACCCAAAAAUGGGACGUCCAAGGAUAGUUGGAUACAUGACUCUUUUCAUAUCACAAUUUAAAAGACAAACUUGGGGUGC